UGCCACCGCCCUCGAAAUCCGACAAGAACAUCGAAGCUGACAUCGUUGGUGUUUUAGCCAAAAAAAAGUAGAAAAAUCGGCACCGGAUUGUAGCGAUAUUACAAAGCUAUAGUGGUUGGUUAGUUAAAAUAUACCUUGAAAAUGCAGACUAUUAAGUGUGUUGUUGUUGGUGAUGGUGCAGUUGGUAAAACCUGUCUAUUAAUCUCAUACACAACCAAUAAAUUCCCAAGUGAAUAUGUUCCGACGGUAUUUGAUAACUAUGCUGUAACAGUGAUGAUAGGUGGUGAACCAUAUACUUUAGGCCUUUUUGAUACUGCAGGUCAGGAGGAUUAUGACAGAUUAAGACCUCUUUCCUAUCCACAAACUGAUGUUUUUCUUGUGUGCUUUUCUGUUGUCUCACCGGCUUCAUUUGAAAAUGUCAAAGAAAAGUGGGUCCCGGAAAUCACGCAUCAUUGCCCAAAAACGCCGUUCCUUCUCGUGGGCACGCAAGUUGAUUUGCGCGACGACGCGACCACGAUAGAAAAGCUCGCGAAGAAUCGUCAAAAGCCGAUCACCGUCGAGCAGGCGGAGAAACUCGCGCGUGAACUCCGCGCAGUGAAAUACGUCGAGUGCUCGGCCUUGACACAGAAAGGCCUAAAGAAUGUUUUCGAUGAGGCGAUUUUAGCGGCUUUAGAACCGCCUGAGCAACCCAAAAAGAAGAAAUGCGUUAUUUUGUAGAAGAAAAUGGAAUUGCCUGUUGGUGAUAAGCAUGAUUCAUACUGGCUGUUUUGGUUUGGCAAUGCUAAACGAAAACUAUAGAAACAUGUACAUUUACAGGACGAUUGACAUCUUAAUUUAAGGCUAUAAUUCGGUUAAUAUUUUCUAAAAUCUUAUUAUUUUGUAUAUCAUUGUUUCUGCAUAUUGUGAGGACGGGAGCACGGAGUAUGGUUUGUUGAAGGCUAUGAUCGCAUACAUCGUUUAAAAUAACACUUGAAACCAGUGCUUUAAAAUAUGGACACAUGACAUGGAUUUAAAAAUUGUGAAAACAAUGAUCAGACGCGCGGCAUUAUAAGUUGAUUUUGUGCAUAUACCAGUGCGUGAACAUUUAAUGAUUUGGGCAAGUAAACAACAUUCAGGUCUUACUUCUACUAACACUUUACGCGUAUAUAAUUUCAGCCUAAAAGGCUUCUUAAUAUGCUAGUAAUGUU